GAGGUCAGCAUGCAAUGAUUGACAGCCAGAGAUCUAUGAACCAAUGAUUAUAUCUAAAAUCCCAAGAGAACUUGUGGGUCUGUGAGUGAAGUCAGUGACAGAUGCCCUUGUUUGUGGAUAAGAUCCCUGAGUGUGAACUUGGCACGAAGUAACCGUAAUUCUCACUGUCUUUAAUGCCAUUGCUAAUGGUGACAUGACAGCUUCCCACAGCAGGAACUGCAGGGAUGCACAGAUGCAGAGUCCCAGAGCAUGCUGGGACAGUGUGUUGAUGGCUAUCCAGGUGAAGUCGCAGGCGCUUCGGGAGCCGCAGAUUACCGUCCAGCCAUGGCCAAGUCCAAGAACCAUACCACACACAACCAGUCCCGAAAAUGGCACAGAAACGGCAUCAAGAAACCCCGGUCACAAAGAUACGAAUCUCUCAAGGGGGUUGACCCCAAGUUCCUGAGGAACAUGCGCUUUGCCAAGAAGCACAACACGAAAGGCCUGAAGAAGAUCCAGGCAAAUAAUGCAAAGGCCAUAAGCGCACAUGUGGAGGCCAUCAAGGCCCUGGUGAAGCCCCAGGUGGUGAAGCCCAAGGUGCCAAAGGGCCCCAGCUGCAAACUCACCCGUCUGGCUUUAAUUGCUCACCCCAAGCUUGGGAAGCGGAUUAGAAGCUACAUGGCCAGGGGUCGUAGGCUCCAAAAAACAAAGCCCAAGGUUCAAGCCAAGACAGAGACCUCAGCUGCAGCUCAGGCUCCCAAAGGUACUCAGGCCCCUGUGAAGGCCCCAUAAAAAAAGUCUCAGUCUGCUAAUGUGAAGACAGAUGGACUGGUGUGAACACCUACACAGUAUUUGCAGAUGUUCAGGACCUUAUGCUGUUUUUACAAAUAAACUUGAGGCAAGUUCUGAAAGAAAAAAAAAAAGAUCUUAUGAAGUUUUUUACUUAUUCCUUCCUCCCUACCCCUCCACCUGGGGUGUGUGUGUGUGUGUGUGUGUGUGUGUGUGUGUGUGUGUGUGAAAGAGAGAGAGAUGCUGAGUUUCUAUAGAGUUGUUUAUAGGAAGCCUGUGUAAGGUUAUAUAUAGGACUGUAAGGACUAAAUU